CAGACCGCAUGUCUACCUUCGAGUCCCGUACUAGGAUGCCAAAGUACGACUUAUAUCGGCAUCGACACGAAUCCUACGCAGUCGUUUCGGAACCCGGUCAGCGCUGGUACGCAUCUCGAACAGCAGAUGAACAUGAUACAAUUCAAUAUCGGCGCCCGCGCAGCUCGAAUCAGGGAACUGAAGAAAGCUAGGCCGACAUUGGGAUAUCGCGAUAACGUUGAUGUGGAAGCGCUGCUACGGCAUCUACGGCAAGAACAGAGCGAAGCGCAGAUGCGGCUGUGGAAAAAGUCGCAGGAGAAGUGGUUGCAUGAUUAUAUGGCCAAGGGACGGAAUCUCGGGCUCGUGGCGCCGGGGACGGCGUAUGCGGUGCAAGAUGCGAAGAAGGGGUGUUGGGUUCGGCCUGGGCCCAGGAGGUUCGACGUGACUUGCCUUUCCGAUGUAGAUGGGGAGAACGAGAAGAAGGGGUGUUGUCUAGCUCAAGGCGAGUGGGUGGGUGAUUUACUUCUCAACGCGUUAAGAUAA